UAGAAUAAAAUUAAAUAUAAAAUCCCACAUUCCUCGUUCCCAUCCUCUCUCACUCCAACGCUUUCCUCAAACUCUCGUAUCUCGUUUUCUUCUCCUCUGCGAGUCUCGAAAAUGGUGUCGUCAUCCCAAACGAUUCUGGUGACUGGUGGUGCUGGCUUCAUCGGCACUCACACGGUGGUUCAGCUUCUCAGAGGUGGGUUUCGUGUUUCUAUCAUUGACAAUUUCGACAAUUCCGUCAUGGAAGCGGUGAACCGGGUUCGGGAGGUGGUAGGUCCUCAGCUUUCUCAGAAACUCGAAUUCACCGAGGGCGAUCUAAGGAAUAAGGAUGACUUGGAGAAACUCUUCUCAAAAACAAAAUUUGAAGCUGUGAUCCACUUUGCUGGCCUAAAAGCAGUAGGAGAGAGUGUUGCAAAUCCCCGCCGCUAUUUUGAUAAUAAUUUAGUCGGCACCAUCAAUCUCUAUGAAGUUAUGGCAAAAUAUAAUUGUAAAAAGAUGGUUUUCUCAUCAUCUGCAACCGUUUAUGGUCAACCUGAAAAAAUACCCUGUGUGGAGGAUUUUAAGUUACAGGCCAUGAAUCCCUAUGGACGGACCAAGCUUUUCCUAGAAGAAAUUGCCCGAGAUAUUCAGAAAGCUGAGCCAGAAUGGAGGAUCAUUUUACUGAGAUACUUCAACCCAGUUGGGGCCCAUGAAAGUGGUAAACUCGGUGAAGAUCCCAGGGGCAUCCCAAAUAACCUCAUGCCUUACAUACAGCAAGUAGCUGUUGGAAGAUUACCUGAACUCAAUGUAUACGGUCAUGAUUAUCCUACAAAGGAUGGCUCUGCGGUCCGGGACUAUAUCCAUGUGAUGGAUUUAGCAGAUGGUCACAUUGCUGCCCUGCGAAAGCUUUUCACAACGGAGAACAUUGGUUGUACUGCUUAUAACCUGGGAACUGGUCGUGGUACAUCUGUGCUUGAAAUGGUCGCAGCAUUUAAAAAAGCUUCUGGCAAGGAAAUUCCCGUGAAAAUGUGUCCAAGAAGGCCUGGAGAUGCUACGGAGGUUUAUGCAUCUACAGAGAAAGCUGAGAAAGAACUUGGUUGGAAGGCAAAAUAUGGUGUAGAGGAGAUGUGCAGGGACCAAUGGAAUUGGGCAAAGAACAAUCCGUGGGGAUACACGGGGAAGCCUUGAAUGAGCUUCAGAAAUAUACUGCUCAUAUACGAAUAUUUUCCACACAGAAGGCCUCCCUUUGCAGAAGACAUUAUGCCGUCUAAUUUGUUUUGGUGCUUCCCUGUAUGAUCUUGAGAAUAAAGUUUGGCUGCUUAUUUGUAAGUAAAAGCCAGAUAAUUGAU